UUGUUUCUUGUAAAGUUAUCAAGUUGCAUAUGUGUUCAGCAGGCCCAAGUUUAUCAGGACACUGAUGAUAUUCCGGUACCAAAAGUGAUCAUAGACCAGGACUCAGAUCUUAAUGCAACUAUGGUGCAAGUUACGUUUGGGGAUCGCCUUGGUACUCUUCUUGACACUAUGAGAGCUCUUACGAAUCUUGGAUUGAAUGUUGCGAAAGCAAAUGUUCAUCUGGAUUCUUCAGGGAAGCACACCAAGUUUUUGAUCACCAAAGCUUCAACUGGCCGUAAAGUAGAGGAGCCAGAGAUGCUUGAGGCAAUUCGUUUAACGAUUAUUAGCAAUCUUCUUGAAUAUCACCCGGAAUCAAGUGCCCAGUUAGCAAUGGGGGAAGCUUUUGGGAUUGAGGCACCUAAACAGAAGCUUGAUGUGGACAUUGCAACCCGCAUACAUGUAUAUGAUGAUGGUCCUAACCGAAGCCUGCUUUCAGUGGAGACAGCAGAUCGCCCUGGAUUACUGGUAGAUCUUGUAAAGAUAUUCAAUGAUGUAAAUGUUGCUGUAGAAUCAGGAGAGUUUGACACUGAGGGCUUGUUGGCCAGGGCCAAAUUUCAUGUCCAUUACAAGGGAAAAUCACUUAUCGAGCCAAUUCAACAGGUUUUGGCUAAUAGUUUGAGAUACUUUCUGAGGCGACCAACGACAGAGGAUUCGAGUUUUUAACCAAAUCUACGAAUCAAAUAACAUAUACAAAUCUAAAGGUGUAACCUGCUGGAUUUUAUGGGACGUAAAUGUUAAGAAAUGUACUCACAUUAUAAACCCUUCACAAAAACUUGCAUUAUAUGUUGAGGGUGUUUGAAUC